ACCGCGUCUCAUGGUGCCCAUUGGGUAGCUUAGCCCCGGGAGUUGCAACCUGGGCGUUUUUGAACCCUUUUGGUGCCUGCGGGGUUCCGCAUGAGAGCGCAGCAGGAUGAAUCCCUUUGCGAUGAUGCAGCAGAUGAUGAAUCAAUGGGAUCAAUGGGAUCAAUGGGGAGCGCCGAAGGGCAAAGGCAAAGGAGCACAAACUCCAGGCCCAGUUGGUGGUCCCACCAUCGUCACUCCCAAGAUGGUCAUGCCCAAGCAACAAGCGAAGCCGGCGGGUCCGCUGGCUUUGCCCGGCUCCGCCAAUGCCACUCCACUGGGCUGUAGCGGAGGUCCGGCAGCAGUGGUGCCUCCCAAGAUGCAGAUUCAACCAAAGGCUUUAGGCCUGCGGCCCGUCUCUGUUCCACCACCCAAGGGUGGUGUUGGUGGUAACGCCUUGCUGCAGAGCACUCCAAAGGCUUCCGCCGCGACGGCACCCCCGAGCUGGCAGCAAUGGGAGGACAAUGAUUGGUCCUUGAUGGCCACGUCUGCAGAUUGGAGCGGAGCAGAGUGGAGCGGAGCCGGAGCAGAGUGGAGCGGAGCAGAGGGCAGUGCUGGAAACGACUGGAGUGAAAGCUCCGGUGGAAAGGGCUGGAGUGGAAACUCUGGAAAGGACUGGAGUGGGGAUUGGAAAGACUGGAAAAAUGACAAGUGGAAAAACUGGAAAGAUGAUGAGUGGGACGAUUGGAAAGAUUGGGGCUCCAAAAAGAGGGGCAAAGGAAAAGGAAAGCGUGGAAAAGAUGAUGGCAAGGGAGGCGAUGAAGGUUGGGGUCGCCGAAGAAGAGGUCGCGGCGAUGAUUUGGAAGUGGUGGUCAAAGGACUGCCGCCGCAGACGGACGAACAAGCCAUCCGCGAGUUCUUUGCGGGCUGUGGAGAAGUGACCAAAAUCACCAUGCCGCGGUCGGGAAAAAUGGUCUUUGUGGCUUUCUCGAGCCAGGAGGGCAUCGACAAAGCGGUGGAGUUCAACAAGACCUUCUUCCACGGCAUCUACAUUGAGGUGAAGUCUGCUGCCGAGAAGUUCGACAAGAAGGGCAGCAACGAUGACCAGACGGUGGUGGUGAAGGGCUUCCCCGACAACGCCGACGAAACCACACUGCAGGCGCACUUCGAAGCCUGUGGCGAAGUGGUUCGGGUGAACAUGCCGCGACAUCGAGACACAGGGAACAUCAAAGGCACUGCCUUCGUGGAGAUGAAAACGGAGGAAGCCUUCCAACAGGCAUUGCAGAUGGACGGUUCCACGUAUUUGGGCAACAUGUUGAUCGUGAGAAAGGCGAGCGACACAAUUGAGAAGGGUGCAGGCAAAGGCAAGAGAGACAAGGAGAAGGAAGAUGAAGUGACCGUGGUUGUGAAGGGCUUUCCCACCGCGAACGUCGAUGAGGCAGCCCUCAGGAACGCUUUUAUGGUUUGCGGAGAGAUUGUUCGCAUUCGUCUUCCCCGUGGCAGCGAUGGCCUGCCGAAGGGCACCGCCUUUGUCCAAUAUUCCAGUGAAGAGGAGGUCGUAAGGGCAUUGGAACUUGACAAUCAAGAGAUCUUUGGCGAUGGCAACAGCAUUAGUGUUCACCGUGCCAAUGAGAAAAGACAAAGGGAGGGUCGUGGUCGUGGCGGUCGUGGCUCGAAAGAGAAGAACGAUGACUUCACGGUGGUCGUCCGUGGACUACCUGACUGGCUGACGGAACAGCAACUGAAAUCCGACUUCGGUAGCUGCGGCCCAUUGCUACGAGCUUCAAUGCCCUUGGACGGCAACGGCAAGGGCAAAGGAUUUGCAUAUGUGCAAUACAAGAGCGAAGAUUCGGUGCAAAGGGCUUUGGAGUGGCACAACACGUGGUACAAGAGCGGCAACAUCACCGUGGAGAAAUAUGGCGAAGAAACCAAAGGCCGUGGCCGUGGACGUCGGAAGAAGGAGCCGCUGCCCGAGGGGCCCACCGUGACGGUCACCGGCUUCUCCGCUGAGGUCGAUGAGGAGAUGUUAAAGAAAGCCUUUGUGCCCUGUGGUGAAGUGAUUGGCUGUCAGAUCAAAAGCGAACGCAAGGGCCGUUCCAAGGGCAAAAAUAAAGGCUUAGGUUGGGUGGUCUUCGCCACUGAGGAGGGACAAAAGAAAGCUGCAGCGACCAUGAACGAGGUGGAGAUGUGUGGAAGCAAGAUCAGGGUUCGCGAAAAAGCCGAGGAGGCCAAGCUGGACUUCAGCGCCCUUGAGGGCGAAGGUGAUAAGACUCUGCUAGAAGAGGAGGAAGAAGAUGACUGGGAGAAUUUUGAUUGGGACGACGAUGAUAGCGACGACGACGAUAGCGACGAGGAUGACGACGAGGACUGGGAUGAUCGCGAUGAAGACCGCGAUGAAGACGACGACGAGAUGGAGGAGGUGCUGGUGGAGGAUGAACCCGGAGAGGCGCAGGCGGCUCCGGCGGCAGAUGUCCUCAUGAUUGCGGCACCUGUCGACGCUGUCACCCCUGUCGACCCCGCUGCGGCAGCCGCUGCCGCAGCUGCAGCACAGCCGACCUCACUGGAGUUAGCCAUGCCCAAACAAGCGGCCCUGCCGCCGGCCAUGACGCCCGUGCCGCCGGCCAUGACGCCCGUGCCGCCGGCCAUGACGCCCGUGCCGCCGGCCAUGACGCCCGUGCCGCUGGCCAUGACGCCCGUGCCGCCGGCCAUGGCGGCCCUGCCACAGGCAGAGGCCGAGGUGCCACUGGCCUUGGACGUGGCACCCAUGCAGAUCAUGCAGGUGGUACCGCCAGUGGCACCACAACCAGUCGUGCCCCAGCUCUCCGUCCCAGUGCUGCCGGAUCUUCCAAUGGCAGCAGCCAUGCCCAAACAGCUUGCGCUGCCACCUGAGAGUGAGCAAGAGAAGGUGGAGCCAGCUGUCGAGGCUUCCGCCUCAAUACCGGAGGCCUCGGAGAGCAAGGAGGUGGAGAAAGGAGACUCCAAGGAAGACAGGAAACGAAGUCGCAGUAGAAAGCGCAGCCGAAGUCGCAAGAGUCGCAAGAGGAGUCGCAGCCGACGCCGCCGUCGACCAGUGCAGGAAGUGGAACUGACCACGCAAGAGGAGAUUGUCAUCACGGACCCAGAGGGGCAAAAUGUGCCGCCGGUCGCCUUCGAAACCUUCGAUGCUUGUCCCUUCCCAGACGAGAUCAAAGAUGAGGUCCGACGUUCCGGCUUUGUGAAGCCCAGCCCCAUCCAGAUGUAUUCGUGGCCUUUGGCCGUUCAGGGCAAGGACAUCAUCGGCAUUGCGACCACCGGCAGCGGCAAGACGGUGGCCUUCCUUUUCCCCGCCUUCAGGCACAUCAUCGAGACGAAGGCCAAGCCAGACGAUCCGCUGCUGCUUUGCAUGUCGCCCACACGAGAAUUGGCCGUUCAGGUGGAGAAUGAAGCGCACAAAUUUGGCAAGCACUGUGGCAUCGUCACCGUGUGUGUCUAUGGAGGUGUUGGCAACAAACGUGACCAGGGACGUGAUUUGGCCAAAGGCUGCCAUUGUUUGGUCGCCACACCAGGACGACUCAAUGAUUUCGUGGAAGGGAAGGAGGUUCGACUUGGCAACGUCUCUCGCUUGGUGGUGGACGAAGCUGAUCGCAUGUUGGACAUGGGUUUUGAACCUCAAAUUCGCAAGGCCGUCAAAGAAGUGAAGGAGAAGACUGAGCGUCAAACGCUGUUCUUCACGGCCACCUGGAACGCCAACGUGCAGAAGAUCGCCGCGGACUUUCUGAACAAGCCGUACCAGGUAAAGAUUGGCAGUUCGGAGCAGCUCAAGGCGUCCGACAGCAUCAAGCAGUUGGUCAAGAUUGUGGACCCGGACAAAAAGGUCCGCCACCUGACCAAACUCUUCUUGGAGUAUGACAUCUCUGAGAAGGGUCGUGGAGAAAACCGUGCCAUGAUCUUCUGCAACAGCAAAAAGAUGUGUCAACAACUGGAAGAUGGUCUGAAUCGAGCGCGUGUUCGCUGUGAUUCAAUCCAUGGCGACAAGGAACAGAAAGACCGUGAACGAGCUCUGAAUGAUCUUCGCGAUGGAUACACCAAGAUCAUUUGUGCCACAGACGUUGCGGCCCGCGGCCUGGAUGUGAAGGGUGUGACCUUGGUCAUCAACUACGACCCGCCCAAGAAUGCGGAGGACUAUGUGCAUCGCAUUGGGCGAACGGGCAGAGCUGGAAUGAAGGGUACAGCCGUCACCUUCUUGUCGGAUCGGGAUGACUUUCAAGCCCGGCAGAUCAAAUCGGUGAUGCUGCGGAACAAGCAAGAGAUCCCCAGAGAACUUCAGGCCCUGUCUGAUGGCACUUUGCCUCGUCGCCGUCGCAGCCGCUCCCCGCGACGCAAGAGCCGUUCGCGGCGCCGUAGCCGUUCGCGGCGGCGCAGCCGUAGCCGUCGCAGCCGGUCGCGACGGCGCAGCCGGGACAAGCGCAGCCGUGACCGGAAGAGCCGUGACCGGAAGAGCCGCGACCGGAAGAGCCGCGACCGGAAGAGCCGCGACCGGCGCAGCCGAGAUCGCGAGCGGCGCAGCCGGGAACGGCAGAAGAGUGAAGGAAGAGACAGGUCCAAGUCCAGAGACAAGGAUGAGCCACAAGAGAAUGGCAAGGCUGAGCCACAAGAGCCAGUGAAAGCAAUUGUGCCACAUGUCCCACAAACGCAACCAGUAGAGGCUCCUGCACAACCACAGGCAGUGCAACCUCCAGCGGUUCCUCAGUUCCAAUAUCCAUUUCCUCAAGCUUUGCCGUCGCAGCCAGCGCAAGCUCAGCAUGUGCCGCACAUUCCGAUGCCAUCCAUGCCUCAGAUCCCGCUUCCAGGGAUGCCACAUGCCAUGCCAGCGACUGCGCCUGCGCAACCAUUUAGUUGGAUACAGCCAACAGGGCCUGCUACAACUCCAGCUGCCCCUGCCCCAUUCAUGGCACCCCUAGCGACUGCCCCUGGAUUCCCGGCCUUCGGAGCACCAACCGCUCCGCCAGCUCCGCAAAGGUAUAGCUGGCUCCAAUAGAAAAUUCGGGACGGAUCGAGAUCAUCUUGAUCCUUAACCCCCCAAAUAGUUGAACAAUACAUCAAAAACUAAAA